AUGUUAAGAGUGGAUUCAUGCGAGAGUGCAAGGACGCAGCCGGCUGUUUCUCUGGGUACAACCAUCAUAGCAGUAAAGUAUAAGGACGGUGUGAUACUGGGCGCAGACACGCGAACCUCCAUGGGGACGUAUGUGUCAAACCGAGUCAGCCGGAAAAUAACCAAGCUGUUGGACAAUGUGUACACCUGCCGGUGCGGGUCAGCUGCCGACACGCAGGGAAUAUCAGACUAUGUAAAGAAGACGAUCCAAACGGGAAUUUACUGCCAUGGCCAAAAGCCGCUUGUGAAGGAUGUGGCAGUCGCCAUGAAGAGCGUUGUGUGGAACAGCACCGACCAGGGAAUCAUGGCUGGGUUUAUAGUUGCUGGCGUAGACGAGACGGGCGGCCACGUGUUCUCGAUCCCUCUCGGAGGCGCGCUGAUCGAGCAGAACUGGUCUAUUGCAGGGUCUGGCUCUGUUUACAUAACAGGCCUGGGGGACCGCGAGUUUAAGGAGGACAUGACAAAAGACGAAGCGAUUACAUUUAUUAGGAUGAUGGUGUCGCAUGCAAUAUACAGAGACAACUCGUCUGGAGGCUGUGUGCGCAUGGUGGUCAUAACCGAGGAGGGCGCCGAAGAAAUAACUGUAUUAGGUAAUGAAGUGUCCAUAUGA